GCUUCUGAUGCUCAUCUGAAUAGGGGUGUGCGUGACGCUGUUCCUAAAGAUCUUGAAGUAGAUGACACUCAAAUAUUCAGUGAUUUCCAACUUCUUACUAAAGAUGACAUAAACUUGCUUGUCCAAAAGUCAGCUAAAAAGUCCUGUUCGUUAGAUCCCAUGCCAACAUCAUUGGUGGUCAAGUGCCUUGACGAGCUUUUUCCCACAAUCAUGUGUUUGGUAAAUCUAUCAUUAUCAUCUGGUAAAUUUGCGGAUGAUUGGAAGAAAGCUCUUGUGAAUCCUCUUCUGAAGAAAGAUAAUUUAAAUUUGGAGUUUUGUAACCUCUGCCCGAUCAGUAACUUGCAGUUCAUAUCCAAAUUGACAGAACGUGCUGUCUUUGAUCAAAUGUACAAUCACAUGAUGCGGUUUGAUCUUUAUCCAACAUUAGAGUCAGCAUAUCGCCAAGGACAUAGCACUGAAACAGCUUUACUAAGGCUACAUAAUGAUAUUAUUUUAAACAUGGACAAGAAACAUGUAACCUUGGUGGUGUUCCUUGACUUAAGUGCAGCGUUCGAAACUGUAGACCACGAGAUCCUAAUUUCGCGUUUAAGAUCAAGCUUUGGUAUAAGACACAAUGUCCUAAAUUGGUUUAUAUCAUAUCUAACAAACAGAUCUCAACAAAUUUCCCUUAAUGGGCAUGUUUCGAACAGUUUCCCUCUCCCACAGGCGUCCCACAAAGCUCAUGUUUAGGACCCCUGUUAUUUACAAUUUAUUCCAGCAAACUAUUUCAGAUUAUACGAAAUCAUCUUCCAGAUGCCCAUGCAUAUGUGGAUGAUUCGGAACUCUACCUUUCAUUCAAGCCUGAUAGCCAAGUGAGUCAGGACGAGGCAUUAGAUGUGAUGGAACGGUGUGUGGAUGACAUAAGAACAUGGAUGAUAGUGGAUAAACUAAAUGAAUGAAGGAAAAACUGAGUUCUUAGUUGUUGGAACUAAGCAACAACUUUGUAAAGUUAACAUUGAUCAUCUUACUGUUGGUGGAUCUAAAAUCAAUUCUACAAGCGCGGCCAAGACUCUGGGCACAUGGCUUGAUUCCAAUCUUAACCUACAAGAACAUAUUAAUAAGACUUGCAGAGCUUCAUUCGUUCAUCUAAAUAACAUAAGGCGCAUCAGGACAUACUAGUUCAAGCAUUUAUUAUCAGACACCUGGACUACUGCAAUAGCCUCCUUUAUGGCCUACCCUCAGUUCAUCUGGACAAACUACAGCGUGCACAGAACUCUGAUGCGAGAAUAAUCUGCAAAACAUCAAGAUUUGACCACAUAACUCCUGGGUUAUAUACCCUGCACUGGCUGCCUAUCAGAUGCCGCGUUAACUAUAGAAGACUUAUUCUUACUUUUAAAGCGAUUCACAGCCUUGCGACUGAAUAUAUUUGUAGUUUAAUUAGCAUCAGGGAACAAUUAAGAUACAGUCUUCGAUCUAACAGUGGACUAUUACUUAAUCAACCUACAAUCAUAGACAAAUUUACUCGGACAAACAUGGCAAAUAUUUUUUGCAACAUUUUCAUAUAUACUUCGUAAUGUUGGUCCCCCCUCCCCUGAAACAAUGUUGAUGAACAUUUCAGUCAUCAUGGCAACUAUUGUGGUAUUUGUACCAACAACAUUGUAACGGGGGAGUGGGGAAUACGGCUGGAUAUGCAUAUAAAUAGUUGAUUGCAUUAAACUUCAGCCAUUUUUAAUCAGCGUCCACGUGUUAUUUGUCUAGGAUUGUCUGAAAAACUACAGGUUGUAUAAAGCAUUAAUUAUUGUACAAUUUUAGCCCAUUGUCACAUUAUAUAAAUACCGAAGUUCUAUAAACACAUGAAAUAAGAUAUUAUUUUAAAAAUAUUAAAAAUUAAUGUUAAAAUAUGCAAAACAUUUUGAUAAUUACAGUUAGUUGAUUAGAUUGUUGGCAUCAUAUGAUUAACGUCAUGUGCAUAUAAAUCGCAACAUGGCGAGAAAAGUAUGCGCGGAGAAUAUACAGGUCUGAGUUAUCGUCAAAUAGCCGUUCCAUGUGGAAUAUUAAAAUCAACAGCGCACACAAUAUGUCGGAAGCAAAUUAAACGUGUCAGUACAUGCGUCCGCAAGCCGAAAGGUCAUCCAAAAUCUUUAAACGAAAGGGAUGAAAGACUUCUACUAAUGGUAGAAUGUGGAUUUGACUCACAGAGUGCAUCAAAGAACAGUUUCCAGAUACCUUAACCGAAACGGCUUCUACACAAGGCAAGCAAGGAAGAAGGGACUUUAAAUGACAAAGAUAAACGGCUCAGACUUUCCUACGUGCGUGAACUGACAAGAGUUUUACGUAACCACCCAGAUUACUACACUAAUCAUGUGGCUUUCUAUCUGGACGCAGUAUCAUUUGUACACAAGAACGACCCUCGUAAGGCAGCAAUUCAACCGAAAUCGCGAGUGUGGAGAAAGAAAGGUGAAGGGCUUGCCAUCACUGCGAAAGGCAGCAAAACUCUGGCAGGUGGGAGACGCCUUCAUAUUCUUGCAGCCAUCGCUUGGGCAAAGGGUAUGAUCCUCAGCAAGGUGUACGAUAAAAUGAACGGUGAUUUUUUCGCAGAAUUUAUCCAAAAUAACUUUAAUUUGUGUUUUGGAAAAGCAGGACCUAAAACCGGAAGAGAUUGUUUGUUAUGGACAAUGAUCCUUGCCAAACAAGCAAAAAAGCCAUGUUAG